UCGGUCAGAUCCUACUCUGUUUUUCGUUUACUGAGAGGGCAGCUAUGAACACCCCAAGGGGUUCCCUCGUCCCCCGGGGUUCCCUCGUCCCCCGGGACAUUGAGAGCCCGGGGAGAGACAUGAACCUGCGGGUAAUCCCGCCUGAGCUGAGGUUCCUGGACGCGACGGCCGGGAGUGUGUACCACCUCUCGUUUGUUGUUCAUAACCUUGGCCGCUGGAACCAGAAAAUCCGGUUUGAGGAGCCCACCAAGCCACAGUUCAAACUGAUGUUGACCAGUCUGGAUAAAGAACUUGCUGCUGGCCUUCACAUGACAGCUACAGUGGAAUAUCAUCCGGAUAAAGACGAAAACACUUCUGAUCGAAUACUUAUUUCAAUAGGAAGUAAAUCAACAGAAAUUCCUCUAAUUGGGUUGAUUCCAUCCUGCCAACUGGCAAUUGAAUCCGUAGUUGAUUUUGGCACAUUGGUUGCGAAUAGUAAAGUGUAUCAUAAAGAGAUUACUAUCACUAAUCAUGGCAAAGUUCCAGGCACAUUUAAUGCAGAAUACCAUGGCCAAUUACCCAUCCUCAUUUUUCCAACUAGCGGUGUUGUAGAUGUUAAGUCAUCACUGGCUAUUAAAGUGGAUUUCUGUGCAGACCAACCAAGAAUUGUAGAUGAAAAGGCAAUAGUGGUUUUGCAAGAUCAACCUGAGAUGCUCUUGAGUAUCAAAGCUUAUGUGGUUGAGCAGAUUAUUGAAUUAUUACACAUGAGUCAUGACCAAAGGCUGAAAUGCUUAGAAUUUGGUGCUGUUUACUUCGGGACAUCAAAACUUAAACAUGCACGUAUAUACAAUAAUAGCCCAGAGCCCAUAAAUUGGGUGGCUAUAAUACAAGAUGAUGCCGUAGGAGAAGAACUGGGUACGAAUACUCAACAAAGAACAGAUAUUGCUUUAAAUAGUCUCGCCUCCAUAAGAAAAUUAAAGGACAUAGAUACUACUACCAUUAUCUCCUGUGUUCCUAAUGAAGGGACUUUACAACCUUAUCAAAAGAUUGUAAUUAUAUUUUGUUUCAGCCCGAAACUUACGGAUGAAUGUAAAAAGGAUAUUGGACCUUCAUACAAGCAGGACUAUGUUCUCUAUUUGAGAUUUGAGUCUGUAGGAAGUAAAGAUGGAUUUUUGAGAGAUGAUGACUAUAAAACCAUUAAAAGUGAGCGACUUCAGAAAACGGAAUUAGCGGUGAAGGGAUCAGGAAUUCCAGUUUUACUACAGUUUGAUCCAGGAAAAGUUCUUAAUUUUAAACCUUGUUUCGUGGGUGAACGUUCAGAAAUUCACUUUACCAUACAAAAUCAAUGCCAAUUGCUUCCUGUGAUAUACCACUUUCCAAGAAAUGCAAAUUUUAAAAUCGAACCUGAAAAGGGCAGGAUUAAUGAGGGAUGCAUGGUGAAUGUGAUGUUUUCCUUUGCACCACAUCAACUUGGAGUCUUCAAAGUGAAACAGAUGAUAGAGAUCAUUGGUUUAGUGGCAGAUGAAGAUUUGCAGUCUUUAUCAAUGAAACCUUUCUGUCAUGUAUCUUUAGAUUUCAACAGCAUCUGCAAAGCUCCCACCAUGAAAGUUGUGAGGAAAACUAUUCCUGGGGUAUCGCCUGUGAUCCAUAAUCCUACGGAAAAGAUUGUAGUUGAAGACUUGGCAAAAUGUAAGACUUAUGCACCUCUAUCAGUAUUUAAAUCCACCAUAAGAUGCACUCACAAUCAUCACUCACGUGGAGAGUCAGAGAAGGACAUGCUAUUACCCUUUCCCAAAGAUGGAGCUGCAACUAUCGGGUGUACAGACCAUCAUAAACAUUUCAGAGGAACUUUCAUAACGGUUCCAAGAUUUAACUUUGUGAAUCAUGAUUUUGCAUGUACUACAUGUGAAAAACAGCAAAGGAAAUACCAUGCAAAGAAUUAUUCAACGUAUCUUAAAUAUUUAAGAAAUAUACACUUGCAGAAACAAGCAGAGAGGGAGAAAACGUAUUCAUAUAAUGAUAUAGACAUAGGCUUAGAGUCAGGUCUAAGGUCACCUUCACUCUCAGUAGCGCAUAUAGAAGAGGAGCUCCCUUCAGAGAAUUCAAUCAAAGCGAAUCGAUUGUUAACCACAAGGAGUAUCGCAUCCCAGAAGGAGCAGUCCCUCAAAAGAAAGAUUAUAAAAAGACUUAAAUCAGACCCAUCCACACUCCAGGAAAAACAUGACUGCAGUCUAAUUUUGACACCAAAGCAAAUUCAUCAAGUAAUUGUUGGGCCUUCUGUCCUUAACUUUGGUAAUAUUUGUGUGAACUCUCCAAAUACUCAAGCACUUCAUGUUGUUAAUAUGCUACCUAUACAUGUUUUGCUCCAGUUAGAUACUGAUUUAGAAGAACUUCAGAAAACCAAUCAAUUUUCAUAUGUGAUUCCACCUACAUCCAGUACUUACAUUUCAAUGAUAUUUGAAUCUCCUACCAUUGGAAAUUUUUGGAAGUCUUUCACGUUUACGGUGAACAACAUACCCAGUGGACACAUCCUAGUGACGGCAGUUGUCCAGCUAGUAAAACUUGAGCUUUCUUCUAAUGAGCUAGAAUUGAGACCACGAGGCUUCUUGAUACAAACGUAUUUUCGGGGGACAGUUAGAUUGUAUAAUCCUCAGCAUUGUUCUGCUCAGUUUCGAUGGCAACCCGUCAACACAGGAGGAGGGAUAGCAUUUUCUGUUUGCCCGGCUAAAGGCACUGUUGAAGCAUACUCCUCACUGGAAUGUGAAGUGACAUGGCAGCCAGGCUUCAGUUCUCCAGAAGAAGGAGAAUUUAAUCUUCAUGUCUUAAAAGGAAACAUGUUGAAACUAAAAUGUGUUGCACAUCCUGAUCACAGCAAGGUUGUAUUUUUGGAGCCAAGGAUAUUCUUUGAUGAGUGCCCUCAAGGCUUAACAACUUGGAAGGAAGCCAUUCUUCAAAAUGUAGGACAAAACCAUGCUUAUUUCAAGGUUAAUAGUCAGAGUCUGUUGCCUACCAUUAAUAUUACUCCAUCAGAAGGAAUAAUUCCAUUUGGGGGAACAGCUGUUCUCAAUAUCUCUUAUAAACCUACUGUGGCAGAAGAGUUUGAUACAAAAGCAAAGAUUGAUAUUCGUCAUGCAAACGCUAUCAACCUUAGGAUCAGUGGAACUGUUGAAAUUGCUGACGUAGAAAUCAAUCCUGAAGUAUUUAAUUUCACUGGUGCCUAUGUUGGUGGUACGCAGAUUAUUCCAUUUGUAGUAAAAAACAAAGGUGCGACACGUGCCAGAGUGGAGUUUAAUCUAAAAGACUUUCCAGAGUUUUCAAUGGAUCUUAAAGACAAAUCAGAGGAAUUUAAAAACCCUGCAUGUCCUUAUAUAUAUUCUUUGGAAAUAGAGAAAAAUACAUCUCUGGAAUGCAGCAUAUCAUAUUCUCCCAAAGAAGUGGUGAUAGUUAAAUUUAUCAUUCAAGUUCGGAAAUUCUUUGAGUCUUCAAAACUCUACACUGAAUAUUUGUCUAGUCCUCCUUCGGAUCCAAUAACAGUACCACUUAUCCGACCAUGUUAUGUUCAUGCUACUGCAUUACGAUCACCACUGAAAUUAUCUACUACUAAGUUUGUAUUGGAAAUCCCUUUAUAUGAGAUGAAUCUUAAUAAAAACGUCACAAAAACUCAGAAUCUUGUUUUAUAUAAUAUUACCAAACACCAUGUGACAUGGACUUUGGAUAUUAGUAAUACUGGCAACCUUUUCAAAGAUGGCACAUUCAACUUCAGUGUACUAAAGGGGCUUCUACGACCACUGGAAAAGUACAAUGUUUCCAUAAAUUUCUGUCCAAAACAUCCUGGAAAAUACACAGCAGAUAUUCCUAUGCUUUUAAAUGGUAUUCCAGUUUGCUAUAGAAUAUUAUCUCUUAUUGGAGAAGUAAAAUCACCAAAGUUAUUGUUUGACCCUCCGUUUAUAUUUUUCACUCCUGUUCCUUUGAAUAUAACAACUGUGAUGGAUGUCAAAAUUUUACCUCAAAACUAUUUCAGAAUGUCAACUCUACAUGUCAAGAUUCCCACAGCAAGGCCUCUUGAUGGCCAAGAAAUUCAGCCUCUUACUGUGAAAUUUCCAAAAGGCAGCAUCAUCCAAGGCUCUUACAAUGGAAUUAAUCAUAAGAUGACUUGCUGCCUCACUUUCAACUCAGCUAAGCCUGUGUCAUUUUUUACCAAUCUUCUUUUCUGUGAUGAUGCUCAAAACUGCUUUUCGCUCCCAGUAACUGCAACCGCAGAAAACUGCAUUCUUACUACUUACCAGUAUGUGGCAAUUCAUCUGGAUAAGCAAAACAUUAUUUUAAAGAAUGAUAAGGAUGAAUAUCUUAGGAAAACUAGAGACCUUGUUUCGCCUCCCUGCCAGGAUGCUAAAUCAUCCUCUCCUGCUUCAAUUAAAAAGAAAGACACCACUAGCAAAUUAAAUGAUGCUGAACCUGCAAAGGGAAACAUAUUUAUUGGAGUGGAAGCAGUGCCUGAAAAUUUGCACCUGGGUAAAAGUGAAAUAUCAAAGAAAGAUAAGAAAAAAUGUGAACAAUUCCUUUCUCUUGAAGAAGAAACAAAGGCAAACUGCUUUUUUGAGAGAGUUGUAAAUGCAGUACAGAUCUGGUUCAGCCUCUUCGGCUGGCCUGAAGGACCCCAUUCUCUUUGUAUUCCAGGGUCUGUAAGAAGGGAUGUAUAUAAAAUGCAACUCUACUCAUCACCCUUAUCACCUCAAAAGUUUUCCAGACAGAAUAAUAUUUUUAAAUAUAAUAAAACCAUUUAUGAUGUGUUCCUCCAUUUGAGUGGAAGAAGGCCACCUGGAAUUAGUUCAAGUCAAUCUUUACCUGUGGAUAAUAAUGAAAGGGUAAUUCAGCUUCACAGGCAACACUCUUCACUUUUGGAGUUUCUCAAUGCUCAAGGAGGAUGUAUUUCACAUAUACUGCCAGAAUUUUUGCUUGAACCAGAAGACUAUAAGAGGUGGAUUGAAAUUACGUUUUCCACUCAUACCAUGCCUGAGAGUUCCUGUACACCUCAGGGAAAAUGUUCUGUUGUCAUAGAAAUGUCUAAAUUUGAAGAUUGGAGUAAACGGGCAUGGACAGAUGUAUUUCUACAGAUAUACAAGGUUUUUGUUCUAUCCCGUGUGGUACCAUACAACAGCGAUAAUAUGCCCCCCAUAUAUGUGCAAAAUGCACCAAAAGUCAAUCACUGUUUUGCAUCUAGUAACUUAUAUUCUGACUCUGAAAGAAUUUUGCUUAAUUGGAUGAACAUAAACUAUGAGAAUACUCGACAUGUGAUAUGGAAGAACUGUCCCAAAGAUGUUUUCCCCUCUGAGAGAUGGAUAGUAAAUUUUGACAAAGACCUUUUAGAUGGCCUAGUUUUGGCAACACAGUUGGGAGCCUAUUGCCCAUUCUUGAUUGAGUCUCAUUUCAUAAAUAUGUAUACACAACCAAGAACCUCUGAACAGUAUUUGCACAAUUGCCUGAUUAUUGUAAAUAGUCUUCAUGAAAUUGGUUUUGACAUAGACAUACAGGCCAUAGACAUCUGUGACCCAAAUCCAGUCCUAAUGCUCAUGCUUUGUGUCUACAUGUAUGAGAGACUCCCUACAUACCUCCCUGAGACAGUGGUGCUCUUUGAAUGUACUCUACAUGACACAAUGCUGAAUGAGAUUCUACUGACAAAUCCAAGCUCUGAAAACUUAGUGUAUAAUGCUAGAAUUGUUGGACGAGAUGCUGCUGACUUUUCCCUCUGCCAGAAAGAGAAUGUUGUAACAAUUCUUCCAAAACAUGAAACUAUUAUCACCGUGAAAUUCAACAGUCGUUUUCUUCGUCCUGCUGAAGCUUCACUACUAUUAAUUUCAAAACCCGAGAAUGUAGUAAGAGGAAUGACGGUGGCAUUUGCUCUUGAAGGCAAAGUCCUCAAUUUUAAACCCAUUGAAAUUAUAAAAUGUGAAAGCCCAUGUUACCAAUGGCAGGAAGUCACUGUGGAUGUGAAAAACCCCUUCCAUACUGCUGGGGACUUCAGUGUCAUUUUGGUAGAAUCCUCAACAUUUGUGUCUUCGCCAUCAGAAUUAGCUAAAUCCACGCAAGCCCCAACACAGGAUGUUGAUACGAGUAGCAUUGGAAAUGACACUGAUCUGGGCUGUUCCAGUUCCUUAGAUGCCUUACAUACCUCAAUUAAGUCCACUUUUGUUAGAGAGUUCUUCUGCUCCAUGGAAACUGUUCACCUGGAGGUGAAAGCAACUUCUAGUCUACCGCUCUGCUUUCUUCCUUUUAACAUCCACAUACGCUAUUGUAUCAUCAUCCUGAGCAACAAAACGAUUGGACAAUUUAUAUAUGUUGCAGAAGGAAAAGGCAUGAUCCCUUUGCCUUCCAGUUUCCUUCCAGUGAAUUAUUCUUCAAGUUCAGUUGAUUACAGCAGUACUCCAAAAGAAGACACUUAUAAGAAAGAUCCAGUUCUAUAUUUGAAAUGCAAACUCGAUGAAGUCCUGAAUGUGGACCUUCAAUUACCGAUGACUAAUGAAGCCAAGGAAAAGGCUUUGGCUUUUGCAGCGCAGCGACAGAUGUCAAGCAUUGAGUAUGAGCGACGGUUGAUCACAGGCACUCUAGAGAGCAGUAGUGUCCGCGUGGUCAUUGCCCUCCUGGGGCUGACCAAGAUUGAGACUCUUACACUCCUUCACACCUCAAAGUGGAAGCAGCCUAAGACAGUUUCAUACACAACAGAAGUGAGCCUUCCGCAAUAUUUUUGUAUACCUGAGAAAAUCUACAUUCCUCAGAUUCCAGAACCUCAACCUAAAUUGACUAAAUCUCAAGGAAUUAAACCUGCAAAAGAAAGAGAUUCGGGUCAGUCUGUUCCAGUUCCUUUAAAGUUUGUUCCUCUCCAUCCUGGACGCUACCCUUGUAAAAUUUUAUUGCAGUCAAGAUAUGAUGUGCGUGCCUAUCAUGUUGAAGGUAUUGUGAAUGAAGAACAACCAGAGGCCAGCUUCAAAUUUGAAACACCAGCAUUUAAAGCUCUUACUCAGAAUAUUCCAAUAAAAAAUCAAACGAUGAAUAGAUGGAAAUGUCAAGUUACUAUAGAAGGAGAUUGGUUUUAUGGACCUUCUUUUUUACGUGUUCAAUCAGGUGAAACUGUGAAAUAUCCUCUCACAUUCAAACCUAUUAUGGAAUGUGUCAUAAUGGGUAAACUUAUUCUACAAAAUGAAGUAGAUGGUAUGGAGCACAUCUUUGACAUAAAAGGGGUUGGAAAAAACCCUGUGGCCUUGGACAACAUCACUGUGGAAUGUCAAGUAGGCAAUGAGACAGAAAGACCUAUAAUAUUGCCUAAUUUUGCAACUACUGCCCUGACAUUUAAGGUGACUACAGAUCUUCCAAUAGUGUGGGGAAAUCCAGAGAUUACCAUAUACCCGAGUAAAGACAUUCCAUACCUUCUACAUGUGCACCCUUGGAAACGUGGUGUAAUGAAAGGUACAAUUACAUUUUCUUUCAUGAGAAGGAAAUGUGAUGAUUGUGAGGAAAACACAGAUCAAGAUCAAGCAGCUUCCUUUCUUGGUUCAAUAACAGAACAAUCUAGCACCUUUGAUUCUGGAAAAUCAGAUGAUAAAUUUAGCAAUUUAAGAAUCUGCUAUAAUCUUGAGAUCCACGGCACUCCUGGACCACCCAUAGACAUUAUGGAAAUGACAUGUAGGGCUUUGAAUACGACUUGUAUUGAAAUACCAAUCUCCAAUCCAAAAAAUCACGUUAUUCGCUUAGAUGUACAGUUAAUGAGUCCUGCCCUUGAUGGUGAGAGUGAAAUAUUCCUGAACCCACUACAGGACACCAAGUAUAUUUUAUGGUACUCUUCAGCAAGAACAGGCCGUAGUGAUGAAAGCAUUAUUUUUCAGCCUGAAAUGGCUGAUGAGUUCUGGUAUUUACUGAAACUAACCAUUGAAUUACCAAAACCAAUCACAAUGUCAGAAGUAGAGUGCGACCUUGGCAAGUAUGUCACUCAGAUCAUUCCCUUAGCUAAUACUACAUAUGAAACCUUAGAAUUGCAAGCAACAAACAGUAAUCCUGAAAAUUUUGUCCUGGAUCUUGACAUAAAAUCAAAACUGAUUGUAAAUCCUCACUCCACUAGGGAGUUAUCUGUUCACUUUUAUCCUUCUGCUCUUGGAAGAGCUCAUCAUCAAGCUUGCAUCAACUUCCACUGUACUCAGUUUACAGAAUGGCAGUUCUACUUUUCUGGAGUAGGACUGUUUCCCCAGCCUCUAUGCACAAGAAGAAUAAUCACACGCAUUGGUCUUCAGGCAUCUAUGGUUAUAACUUUCAAAAAUCCCACAAUGGAAAAGGUCCUCAUUGAUGUCACACUGACAAGUCUGGAACAUCCCAGGCAUCUUGUCACUGAUCCUUCCUGGAAUAACUUCAUCUAUGAGAAUUCUGCCUUCCGAUUUAGUUAUUUGCGUCGAACACAAGGAAUUGAAUUGCUUCCUAAGGGAUAUGUAGAUAUCCCAUUGUUAUUUAUACCCAGAAUUAUGAAAUUACACAGAACAAUGGUAAUUAUACGGAUGAUGAGAGCAAAUGGAAAAUAUUGGACUAUUGACAAUUUUCGUGAGUUGAGUACAGAGUUUAAAAGUUUUAUGGGAAUAGACAGUGAAGAAGUACAAGUGAUACCUUGGAUAUACCCUGUUGUUGGACUCCCAGAAGCACCACCUCCUGAAUCUCCUCAAGUUGUUGUAAAAUGUCAGACCAGAAAACGGGUGGAAGAGACAGUGGAAAUCAUACUGACUGCUGGUUUUUUCGGACAUAAUCCUACUCCAGAAAUGAAGAAAAUUUUAGUAGUUCCAAAAAGAAAUUCAUUUAAUUAUGGUGAAGAUAUAAAUGACAUUCCUAGAAUACGUAAAUUUCAGUAUGAAAUUGAAUAUGAAUCUGAAGCUAUGAAGUACAAGUUGGAACCCUGUAUAGCUUUAUAUUUGAUCAAAAAAUCUUAUGAUAUUAUGGCUGAAAGUAUAAUAUUGAUCUUCAAUCUGAUAUUCUCACCAAAUAUGCCAUUAAGGACUGAAAUAACACUGAAAAUAGAGUGCAUAACAGAAGGGAUCUGGAAGUUUCCCAUAAGGGUGAUUGCUACUGAACCUGAUGUGGAUGCUGUCAUUGACAUUGAAGGAGUUGGUUUAUUUAAGGAAUCUGUUUUUGACUUUAGGCUGACAAGUCAGACAAGAUAUCCUGAGCCAUUCACUGCAUACUUCCUACCUGGCAGUGAUCCUGAGUUUUCUGUAAGACCAGAGGUUGGAAAACUUCUUCCUUUUAACACAAACGGAACUCCAAUCAUUGUAGGAUUUAAACCUAAAAUGUACUGUAGGAAAUAUAAAGCAACAUUAGUAAUACAGACAGAAGAAAUGUUCCGGAUGUAUAAGAUCAAUGGAUUACCUCCAACUACCAUGCCACCAAUAAAUGCAAAAGCCAAAAUUGAUGCUACUAACAAGACAUUUGACUACAUGCCAGUUCAGCUGCAUAACUUUGUCCGUGAAAAUAUUAAGCUCAUAAGAAAAAGUAUGUCUUCCUCCACCAAGGGUGCUUCUACGAUGAAGAAGUAUAAAUAAAAUUUUUUUCCAAAAUA